CUUAACAGUUCAGAAAUGCGAUGAAAACAAGAUAUCGUUAAUGGGGAGGAGAGAGAGAGUAAUAGAAUUGCUGCAAUAAUUUGAAAACACUUGGCCUUAGGCGUUCAUUAGGGUUUAGGUUAAUUUUAAUGUAGUGAUGGUAUGGCAUCACAGAGUAAUUAAACAGUGACACAUAGCUGUAGAACCAACUGAAAUUCUCGAUCUUUGGGAUUGCCUCAACUGGGUCAGGCAUGACUCUGGUCUUUGGCGUUCCAUAUAUUGUGCAUAUUUGGAGAAGCAAAAAUAUGUCAAAGACAAUGGAGCUUGCCUAACAAAGAUUGGGCAGACAAGCCAUCUAAACCCACUGUCUUUAUUGUCAUCUGAGAGAAAGAAAGAGAAGAGAGAAUGGCAGAGAGUGCAGUAAACUUUCUGAUCAACCAGCUGACACCGCUCCUUCAAGAAGAGGCCAAACUUCUGGGAGGAAUUCGGGAAGAAGUUGAGUUCAUCAGAAAUGAGUUGGAGUAGAUGAGAGCUUUCCUGAGAGUUGCUGAUGCAAAGGAAGAGCUUGACCCAGAGCUUCAAGUAUGGGUUAAGCAAGCGAGGGAAGUUGCUUAUGAUACUGAAGAUCUUCUUGAUGAAUUCAUCCUUCGCCUUGCUCAUCAUCAUGGGGAUGGAUUUUGUGGUUUUCUUCGUAAGAUUUCUUGUUCUAUUAAGAACUUGAAAGCUCGCCAUCGAAUUGCUUCUGAGAUACGUAGAAUAAAGUCCAGAGUCGAAAAUAUACAUCAAAGAUAUCGCGAUAGAUUUAGUAUCUCAGAGUAUGGAUCAAGCUCCACUGUCGUCAACAACACAUGGUAUGAUAGCCGAGGUGAUGCACUUCUACUGGAAGAAGCUGAGCUUGUGGGCAUGGAUGGUCCCAAGAAGCAGCUGAUUGGGUGGCUUGUGGAGGACACUCCAAAACUCAAAGUUAUUUCGGUGGUAGGGAUGGCGGGCAUGGGGAAAACCACUCUGGUAAAGAAGGUUUAUGAUGAUGUGGAGGUGAAGAAACAUUUUCAAUGCCAUGCUUGGAUCAUUGUUUCUCAAAUCUUUGAGCUCAAGGAGCUUCUCAAAGACUUGAUUCUACAAGUUUUUGAUGAAGUCAAGCAACCGCCUCCUCAAAGAUUGGAAACUGCUGACCACAACAACUUGAAAGCACAAAUCAAAGAUUUCCUCCAACAGCGAAGGUACGUGCUUGUUCUAGAUGAUGUUUGGAGUAUAAAUGCAUGGGAUGCUUUAAAACAUGCAUUGCCUGACAACAAUAGUGGCAGCUGAAUACUGCUCACUUCCCGUAUUGGUAGUGUAGCUUCUAUGUCUUGUGUAGAAUGCCGUGGUAACAUCUAUACUAUGGAACCACUGUCCCCGGAAGUCUUGGACUCUAUUCCUCUAUUCUGUAGGAAGACAUUCCCAGACAACUACUGCCCUCCACAUUUAGAGGAACUCUCACGAAUUAUCUUAGAAAAGUGUGAGGGCUUGCCACUUGCAAUUGUGGCAAUUAGUGGUGUUUUGGCUACAAAAGACAAAAGUCUAUUGCAUGAAUGGGAAUUAGUUCACCGUAGCCUUGGUGCUCACUUAGAAGGCAAUGACAAACUCGAGAGUAUGAAAAAAAUACUCUCUCUUAGUUAUUACGAUUUGCCUUACUAUCUGAAAAUAUGUUUCUUGUACUUGGGUAUAUUCCCCGAGGAUCACAAGAUUGAGCGCAUCAGCCUGAUUCGACUGUGGACCGUCGAAGGAUUUGCAGAAGUGAGAGAGGGAAUGACAAUGGAAGAAGUUGCUGAAGGUUACCUCAAUGAGCUUAACAGAAGCUUGGUCCAAGUGGCAAAGAUAGAUGAUGCUGGAAGGCUUAGAGAGUGUCGUAUCCAUGACCUUUUCCAUGAAAUAAUUACUUCAAAGUCAAGAGAACAAAACAUUGCAGCAAUAGUUAGCAAAGGAAACACAAGGUGGCCAGAAAAAGUUCGCCGCUUAUCAAUCCACUGUACCUUGGGAAACUUGCAACAAACAAAUUGUUUUUUCAACUUCGUUCAUUGCUCAUGUUCUCGGUGGCAGAACCUAUAUCCAAGUCAUUGAUACCUAUAUUCAAUGGCGGGGGGAGGUUGUUGAAGGUUUUGGACCUGAAAGGUUCUUCUUUAGAGACACUACCAGAUGACGUUGUCAAACUAUUUCAUCUAAGGUAUUUAAGCUUGAGGGAAACAAAGAUUAAAAUGCUUCCAAAAUCCAUAGGUAAGCUUGAAAACCUUGAAACUUUGGAUCUAAAAGAUACUCAUGUAACUGAGCUGCCUGUUGAGAUCCUAAAGCUCCAAAGACUUCGCCAUCUCUUGGUGUAUCGGCAUACUAAAAUUUAUCCCAUUUACAAUUUAUAUGGUUUUAGAGCAAUAACGGGAAUAGAAGGUUUGUCUUCCCUACAAAAACUUUGUUUUAUAGAAGUGAACAAUGACAAUGGUAGGAUUGUAGUGGGAGAGAUAGGGAGACUCACCCAACUGAGAAGAUUGGGGAUUGCUAAGUUGAGGAGGGAAGAUGGGAUGCGUUUGUGCUCCUCUCUUCAAAAGCUGAGCAACCUUCUCUCAUUGUCUUUACGUGCUGUAGAUGAGGACGAGAUUGUUGAUGUUCAACACUUGUCUUCUCCUCCUCGGUUUCUUCAACGGCUCUAUUUGAAGGGACGUUUAGAAACGGUACCGCACUGGAUAACUUCUCUUCAUAACCUGGUGAAAGUACGGCUUUCGCUUAGCAAGUUAAGGGAUGAUCCAUUGCAGUGUCUUCAAGAUUUACCCAAUCUGGUACAAAUUUCACUUCGUCAGGCAUAUGAAGGGGAGGAAUUGUGUAUCAAUGCGACAGGGUUUCCGAAGCUUAAGGUAUUUAGUCUUGCACAACUAGAUGGAUUGAGGUGGGUGAGAGUGGCGAAGGGAUCAAUGCCUCAUCUCGAUAUGUUGCAUUUUGUGGACUGUAAGUCGUUGGAAGAGGUACCCACAGGCAUUGAACAUCUAACCAACCUUAAGUCCUUGAGCUCAAUUGUAUGUCAGAUAAAUUGAUUAUGACUUUGAAUCGAGACAAUCAGAGUGGCAAUUAUUGUAAAAUAGCACACAUCCCCAAAGUUUGGGUUGGAACUUUCCUGAAUGGUAUGUGGGAUGGAGAUUUUCUAGAGAGAGAGAGAGAGAGAGAAACUGUGAGAGAGACAGAAAAGAGUCCUUGUAAAGUUGAGAUCAUUACUAUCAUCACUGGACAUAAUAUUCGCUUUUAUUUUAUUUUUUGUAGGAUUAAUGAUUUUGUUUUUCUUUUGUAUUUUGUUACCCUUUUUAAGUAAUAAAAGUUGUUGUAUAUUGAGUUA